AUGGCGGCGAUUAUGGCACGAGACGUGCUGCAACGACGGAUGCCUUGGUGGGCCACGUCUUUUCUUGCUGCCCCGAGCGCCGGCGCCAGCGGAAGUCUCCUCCUCACCUCCGCUCAGCGGCGUCAACUCUCUUCGAUGACUGUGCGCGGUGGAGACGGCGCCGACUCUGCUCGCCGCUUUCACAAGGCGUGCUCCUUGUGCGACACGUCAUUGAACAGUGCGCAGGCAAUGUUGACGCACGGCAGAUUUCUCAGACUCGUCGACUCAAACCGAGGCGAUGUUGUGAUACACGUGGACACCACGGACUUCCUCUCCUGGGAGGGCACGACGCUGACCACCGUGCCGGAGGAAGCCGCCCUGCUAGAAAGGCAGACGCGCCUUAACGCGCUUAUGCUGCCCUUCUGGGUGACAGAGCCGCAGGCGACGGAGUUGUGUGCCUACGAGUCAGUGCAACGAAGCCUUCGCUGCGCUUCUUCAGGCAGCGCCAUCAUCGCGGACGCCUUCCAAAACAGAGAUACAUUUGUGGAGCUGACGUGUGGUACAUCGGAGGUGACGCGCUACGUGAAUUGGGAGGCUUUGUGCUCCCGCUCACUGCCUCCGGUAACUUUGCAUUCGUGUUUGUCGUUCUUCCGCUGCUUCGUGCCCAUCAACGUCAGAACCAAACGAGCGUUUGACACCGUGGUUGCGAUGCGCCUCCGUGUCGAGGCGAUGUGCAGUGAUUGCUGGUGCAGCGUAUGGGGCACCGCAGACGACUACGAGAGGUGCGGCUUUCGCGUGCUGGACGGCGCACUCGGCGUAUACGUCUUCAACGGCCUCGGCAGCCCUGCGUUUCUCAUUCACGCCUUGUGCACGACGACUCCCCUCGAGGUGUACGCCGCCUGCUAUCCGAACGACAGCAUCUGCACGACGUCCAGCUCGUAA